GGGCGGACUUGGAGGCGCGGUCCCGUCACAGCGGCUUUCGUGGUUUUGGACCGUCACUUAUAAGCGCGCGUGCCGCCGGCCGGCCGGCUACUGUCUGCGGGACCGGAUCGGACGGGACCGACACCGGGGGAUCGGAACCAGCGCCAGCAGCACACAGCAAGCGAGCCGCACACAUUCAUCUGACAUCCACUGCUUCGAUCUGAAGAAACCACCCUCGGCCGCCUCCACCUUACUUUUGGUGGUCUUGCGUGGGAUGCCGGAGAGUGGGCGCAGAGCGUGGAGAGUGGAGAUUUAUUGCCUGUAACAGCCAGAGGUGUGGCCUGGUCAAUCAUGGGGGAUUCAAUAUUCACCUGCUGUUAUGUCCCACCCCAUCCCCCAGGCGAGGGGGAGACCGCCGGGUCCAGACGCGCAGCGAUCAUGGCCUCCAACUCGACCAACAUCCCCUCCGACAAGCGCUUCCUCGUCUUCUUUGACUUCGAUGAGACCAUCGUGGAUGAAACCAGCGACGACAUCGUGGUGCAGACCGCCCCGGGUCAGCACCUUCCGGCCUGGCUGAAGGACACGUACCAACCGGGCCGCUACAACGAGUACAUGCAGCGCGUGCUGGCCUACCUGGCGGAGCAGGGCGUCACCGAGAGCGACAUCCGCGGCUCCAUGGAGAAGAUCCCGGCCACCCCCGGCAUGCUCACCCUCUUCCAGUUCCUCCGCACUCGGCCACCGCAGGACUUCGAGGUGGUGCUGCUGUCCGACGCCAACACCUUCUUCAUCGAGGCCUGGCUGCGGCGCGCCGGGGCCCGGCAACUCUUCCACCGGAUCUUCAGCAACCCCGCCACCUUCAACAGGGACGGCCGACUGGUGCUGCGGCCCUUUCACUCCCACGACUGCGUGCGGUGCCCGAGCAACAUGUGCAAGCAGGUGAUCGUCAGGGACUACGUGGCCCGCAGGAUGCAGGAGCGGGGCCGCCCUUACCAACGCGUCUUCUACGUGGGGGACGGAGCCAACGACUUCUGCCCAGCCACGGCCCUCGGGCCCCGCGACGUGGCUUUCCCGCGGCGGGACUUCCCCAUGCACCGGCUGAUCACGGAGACCCACGAGGCCGUGCCAGGGGAGUUCAAGGCUGUCACGGUGCCGUGGAGCAGCGGGGAGGACGUGGUGCAGAGGCUGAGGAAGAUGGUGGCGGAGUAGAGGGUCAGAGACAGAGAGGGGAGAAAGGAGAAUCUUAUUAAGGGGCCAGUUGACACAUUUGGUCAAAUUCUCAGGUCAAAUAGUCCAACUAAGUAUUAGGCAAUUAAACCAUUUGUGUUAUAAAUAAAGUGUGUCGACCAUCCAGUUUACACGUGCCUUAGUCCAGCCUCACUUUUGGCUCCGGAGGUCAAUCUUAGGAGAGAAGCAGCAGGUAAUUCAUUAUGGAGACCUGCAAUCAUCGCCUAAAGAAAGGAAAUCAAUGUCUUAUCAUUGCUCUGUUAUAAAGAUUUAGAAGUAACGGUGAUCUAUAACUUUAACGUUUCUGGGUUGACCUAUUUAUAGAAUAAAUAAACUGCUUUUAAAUGUUAUUCUGGUUGUACUGUUGUGACAAUAUUUUAAAGAUGUUAAUGCCAACCAAGAAACUGUGUUUAUUUAUCGGCACUUGCUGAAAUAUAAAAUUAUAGCCUCAAUACAUUUUAUGAAGUGUAUCAAGGGCAUUCCAAGAUGACCAAACAAUAUUUUUAUUAAUUUGCCUCCCACAGAAAACUUGUAUUUAGAAAUGGAUGACAAUGUUGAGGGUGUGUUUGUUUAAUGUGUUUGUCAGUCUAAAGUAUCUAUGUAUUGACUCUGUAGGCCAGGCCUACUGAUCAACAUAUUAUCACCAGCAGGAAUAAAGCCAUCAACUGAAACCCUU